UUAUUGAUUGUGUUAUUAUAUCUCAUUUUCAUUUGGAUCACUGUGGUGCUUUACCUUAUUUCACUGAAAUGGUUGGGUAUUCUGGUCCUAUUUAUAUGACUCAUCCGACCAAAGCUAUUGCACCAAUACUCUUAGAAGAUAUGAGGAAAGUAGCUGUUGAGAAAAAAGGAGAAAGUAAUUUUUUCACAUCCCAGAUGAUUAAAGACUGUAUGAAGAAAGUUAUUGCCGUCACCUUACAUCAGUCAGUUAUGGUUGACAAUAAUUUGGAGAUAAAAGCUUACUAUGCGGGUCAUGUGUUGGGUGCGGCUAUGUUUUCUAUUCGAGUAGGUUCACAAUCUGUUGUGUAUACUGGAGAUUAUAACAUGACUCCUGAUCGACAUUUAGGAGCAGCAUGGAUAGAUAAGUGUCGGCCCGAUCUACUCAUUACCGAAUCCACAUAUGCUACAACAAUCCGUGAUUCAAAACGAUGCAGAGAAAGAGACUUUCUGAAAAAAGUUCACGAAUGUAUUGAUAGAGGGGGGAAAGUUCUUAUACCAGUGUUUGCUCUUGGUCGUGCUCAAGAACUGUGUAUUCUCCUUGAAACUUAUUGGGAACGGAUGAAUUUAAAAAUACCAAUAUAUUUUGCUGCCGGCCUGACUGAAAAAGCCAACAAUUAUUACAAAAUGUUCAUUACUUGGACAAAUCAAAAAAUCCGUAAAACGUUUGUCCAACGUAACAUGUUUGACUUUAAACACAUCAAGCCUUUCGAUAAAGCGUACAUUGACAAUCCAGGCGCUAUGGUCGUAUUUGCUACGCCCGGAAUGUUGCAUGCUGGACUUUCACUACAAAUUUUCAAAAAACUAGCGCCGAAUGAAAAUAACAUGAUAAUCAUGCCUGGAUUCUGUGUUAGUGGGACGGUCGGUCAUAAAGUUUUAAAUGGUGCUAAAAAGAUCGAGUUUGAAAACAGGCAAGUAGUUGAAGUAAAGAUGUCCGUACAGUACAUGUCCUUCUCUGCUCAUGCUGAUGCUAAAGGAAUCAUGCAGCUCAUCCAGUAUUGCGAGCCCAAGAAUGUGAUGCUCGUGCACGGGGAAGCCCCGAAAAUGGAAUUCCUUAAAGAAAAAAUCAGACAAGAAUUCAACUUGGAUUGCUUCAUGCCAGCUAAUGGAGAAACAUUUGUUUUGGAAACAAGUCUUCAUAUUCCUAUUGAUGUGUCAUUGCCUCUUCUUAAAGCAGAAGCUAAACGAUACAAUGCAACCCCUCCUGAUCCCAAAAAGCCACGGAUUAUACAUGGUGUCCUGGUGGUUAAAGACAACUCUACUUGCCUGAUGGACGUCGAUGAGGCCUGCAAAGAGGCAGGAAUUACUCGCCAUGUCAUCAGAUUCACAUCGACGGUUCGACUGGACGACCCUGGCCCCUGCUCGCAGACACUGGACAAGCUGCAACGACUGCUGGGUGAACGCAUGGAGGGACGCUGGAGCAUUGGGCAGACGGACGGUUCGCUGUCCAUCGAGUCGGUGCUUGUCAAGGUGGAGGGGGGCGAGCACGAGAACAAGAACGUCUACGUGUCCUGGACCAAUCAGGAUGAGCGUCUCGGCUCCCUCGUGCUAGAGCUCAUACAGAACAUCGGCCACAAGGAAACCUAACACCACUCUGUUAAGUAUGUACGCUGUAAAGUAUUUUAUAUAUUCUCGAAAGCCUCUUACCAAUAAACAAUUUAUUUUAAUAA